AAAGAAAAUGAAUACAACCCCAAAGUACAACACAAGUUGAUAGAGAAUAUUUUUCUGACAUUUGAUUUUUCUAUGAUAUUUAAACUCUAAAGAGUGUAAUAUUUGAAAUUAUAAACAUACUGAGAAUCUGUGCACUAAUAAUACUAAGACAGUGAUUUGCAAUAUGUAUUCUAAGUACAGGUGAAUUAAGUAUUUCUAAUCUAAAAUUACUGUUGAGUAAAACUGCAUCCAUUGAGUUAUUUACCUCAUAAUAAUGGACAAAAACCUAGAAUUGUCAUCAAGUUCACCUAGUGGAUUAAAACCUUCAGUGGAACGAGAACGUAUCAAUCUAAGCUCUCCAAGUGUCAGCUCUAAAGGGUCACUGAGUGCAGGUUCACCUUCUAAGUCCUUGUGUUCCUCAACUUCAACCUCAUCAGAAAAUAUGCAUACUGCUUUUGAUACUAAGCCUCUGAGAGAUGCCACAAAGGCAAUACAGAAUGAAGAAUGUCCACUUUUGGAGGGAGAAACCAUGAAAGGGAGAGCCACUGAAGUAACCUACCUCUGCCCAUAUAGUGGGCCAAUAAGAGGUGUGCUGAAUGUCACCAGCUAUAAACUCUUCUUUAAAAGUGUUGAGAAGGAACCACCUUUCAUUCUUGACGUUCCCUUGGGUCUUGCCAGUUUAGUGGAAAAAAUCGGAGGGGCAACAAGCAGGGGAGUGAAUUCAUAUGGAAUUGAUAUAAUAUGUAAAGAUAUGCGAAAUUUGCGCUUUGCACACAAGCAAGAAAACCACUCAAGACGACAAGUAUUUGAAAGAAUUCAACAGUAUGCAUUUCCACUCACAAAUAAAUUGAACUUUUUUGCCUUUGAAUUUAAAGAAAAGUAUGGUCAAGAAAAUGGAUGGAGAAUAUUUGAUCCUAUUAAAGAAUUUAAGAGAAUGGGAAUUCCCAAUGAGAGCUGGAGGGUGAGCAAAGCAAAUGAAACAUACCAGCUCUGUGACAGUUACCCUGCCUUGAUUGCUGUGCCAAAACAGGUCACAGAUCAAGAUCUUUUUAAAGUUGCAGAGUUUAGAAGUAGACAAAGGAUUCCUGUCUUGUCCUGGAUUCACCCAAGGAGCCAAGCAUCCAUCACCAGGUCUUCCCAGCCUCUUGUUGGGAUGACCAGUAAAACAAACAAGGAUGACGAGCGAUACAUCCAGAUGAUCAUGGACACAAAUGCCCAGUCACAUAAGCUCUAUAUCAUGGAUGCUCGGCCCUCUGUCAAUGCAGUUGCUAAUAAAGCCAGAGGUGGAGGCUUUGAAAGUGAGGAUGCUUAUCAGAAUGCUGAACUUAUCUUCCUUGACAUUCACAACAUUCAUGUCAUGAGAGAAAGUUUACGCAAAUUGAAGGAAGUAUGUUUUCCUACAAUAGAUGACACCCAUUGGCUUUCAAAUAUAGAAUCUACCCACUGGUUAGAACACAUUAAGAUAAUUCUUGCUGGCGCCUUAAAGAUAGCUGAUAAAGUUGAAAGCAAUAAGACUUCAGUUUUAGUACACUGUAGUGAUGGCUGGGACAGAACUGCUCAGUUAACAUCUCUUGCUAUGCUGAUGUUAGACCCAUACUAUCGAACCAUAAGAGGUUUUGAAGUUCUGAUUGAGCAAGAAUGGCUUAGUUUUGGUCACAAGUUUAAAACACGUGUUGGCCACGGUGAAGACAAACACUCAGAUGCUGAUAGAUCACCUGUGUUUUUACAGUUUGUUGAUUGUGUUUGGCAGAUGACGCAGCAGUUCCCAAAUGCCUUUGAAUUCAAUGAACAUUUCCUGAUAACUAUAUUAGAUCACCUGUACAGCUGUUUGUUUGGUACUUUUCUUUAUAAUUGUGAAAGGGAAAGAAUUAAAGAGCGUGUGCCUGAGUUGACCGUUUCACUAUGGUCAUUCAUCAACUGUCAACUGGAAGAAUUCACAAACCCCCUGUAUGUUGCCCACAUCCAUCAGCAUGUUCUGUUUCCUGUAGCCAGUGUCCGGCGAAUGGAGGUUUGGACUGGCUACUACUGUCGCUGGAAUCCAAGGAUGCGGCCACAGGAACCAAUUCAUAUUCGGAAUCGUGAGCUGUUGGUGUUGAAAACACAACUGCAAAGAAAAGUUGAAGAGUUGCAGCGAGAGCUGUCAGCUCGCAAUGCUCGUCUCAAUCUGCAGUCAUCACCUCAGAGGGUUCCUGCUCCCAUUGAUGUAUAUCAGCAGUGAUAUAUUCCACUUACUGUGUUAAUGUUGUUUCUUAAGUUAAAUAUUGUACAUGUAAACCUGCAUAAACAAUUAAUUUUAAGUUGAAUGUUAUCUUGUUAGAACUCAACCACAUUUUAAUGAGCCUGGACAUUCUUCUGUCCUCUAUACAUCAUAUCUAGUUUUAUACUCCUUUUAAAAAUGUAAUUCUGUUAUUCUAUAGGUUAACUAGUUAAUAUGUUCUGUUUUAGCCUGUACAGAUUCCACUUAAACAUUGAGAUGUACAUUAUGUAUUGCACGAUUAAUCACACGAGAAAUUAUAGUAUUGACUUUUUACUAUUAUUGUAUUUCAAAGGCAGUUAGUUUUAAGUGAUAAAAUGCGCUUUUUGAAAUAGAAUUAAAUGUAGCAUUCCAUGCCUAUGAUGAAACUUCAAAUUUGUUAAUAUAGUCAUAGGCUCAUUGAAAUCUAUUAUUGAUUUAAAGGCUUGAAAAUUGAUUUCUGGACAAUUAUACAUUUUUAUCAAUAUUUAACUUUUUCUGUGUGGGUGUUCAGUCUGUCCUUGAAACUUAAGUAAAUCUAAUUUAAGAAAUGAUUGUAUGUGAUACUGAUAAAAAUGUUUUCAUUUUGUCACCGUGGUUAAGCAAUAAAAAUAAACAUUUAAAAAAUUGUAUAGUUGUAUAGAUCAAUACUGGAGUAAACUGAACAUUAAUUCUAUGUAAAUUUAUGUUUUAAAUGACAGACAUCUAAACGAUUUCAGAUUUUGUCUGAAUUCUUAAGUAUAAAGUACUUUUUAUAGGCUUGUAAUUUAUAGAAUUUACUGUAAUCAUUAAAUUAUUUUAACUGCACUUAAAUUGUUCACAACUUCAGACAUUUGUCAAAGGAGUCAAGGACUCGAUACAAUAAUUUGAAACAUAAUUUUUUUUGUCUUAUACAUUUCUAAUAAAAAUAAAUGAAUAUUUCAAUAGUGUUUUAGUAGUUAAAUAAAUAUUAGAAUUAAGUGUUUAAACCUUUAAAGUUUCCCUUAUUUUUGUUCAAGAAUUACUAUUUGUAUACCCUUGCUAAGUCUGUUUUAAGGCUUAACAAAUCCAGACCUUCAAAAUAUUAUUCUAUGCAUCUGUCAUUGUUUAAAGAAUAAAGAAGCAUGUUUGUUUUCUAAACAGGGUCUCUUUCCUUCAAAAAGAAGUCUACUAUUUUGCUUAUGGAUUUUAUACAUUAAAGUAUUACAUGAAACAGGAUGUCCUUUAAAGCUGUCAAAUAAAAUUUAAGAUUCUAUAUAACAUCUGUGUUUUUGUUUCACUAAAGAAUAACUGGCAGGACAAAAAGUACAUUCC